AUGCCCCCCAGCGCAGCCUCGCAGAUCCAGCUGAAAAUCGCUUGUGCUGGUCUCGGCCGCAUGGGCAAGAGACAUGCUCUACAUUUUCUCAACCGAACUCCUCGAGCAGAGCUGGUAGCAGCAAGCACACCAGAUGACGACGAAAUUCAGUGGGCAAAGCAGCAUCUUGAACCUUACGGAGUUCGCCUGUACAAAGACUAUGAUGAAAUGCUGAAGCAGGAAGGUUUGCAAGCUGUGGUCAUUGCAUCGGUCACCACUGUCCACGCCGAGCAAGCUAUCAAAGCUAUCGAAGCCAAUCUUCACGUUCUGUGCGAGAAGCCACUGUCCACUUCCGUCGAAAUUUCACAAAGCGUGGUAGACGCAGCAAAGAAGAAGCCCAGCCUAAAAGUCAUGUGUGGGUUUUCUCGCAGAUUCGACGACUCGUACCGUGAUGCAUUCCAUAAAAUGGACACUGGACUGAUAGGCAGACCUUCUAUCUUCCGUUCCCAAACCUGCGAUAUGCUCGACCCCUCCGGAUUCUUUGUCGCAUAUGCAGAAUUCUCAGGCGGAAUCUUCGUUGAUUGCUCAAUCCACGACAUCGACCUUGCACUCUGGUUCUUCGGACAAGAUGUGAGGGUGAAGAGUGUGGUUAGUUCUGGCAUCACAGCUGUGCAGCCGGAGCUGCGGAAGCACAAGGAUAUGGACAACGCGGUAGGCAUCGUGGAAUUUUAUGGAGGCCAGAUUGCGUACCUAUUUUGCAGUCGGAUGAUGGCUGCUGGCCAGGACGAUGCGACCGAGAUUAUUGGAACGGAGGGAAAGUUGACUGUCAAUGCUCAACCGAUGAGCAAUUUGGUCAAUAUCUACGAGCCAACUGGAGUCAGGAGGGAGAUACCACCUCAUUACUAUGGAAGAUUCGAGCAGGCUUUUGUCAAUGAAGCCAACGAGUUUACGGCCGCCUGUUUAGACGACCUGAAGUUGCCGAUGAAGUUGACGGGAGCGGUGCAAGCUGUGAAAAUUGGAUGUGCACUGCAAGAGAGUUUGAACUCGGGGAAGAAGAUCUAUUUUGAUGAAGUGGGACGACGCGUUGAGAAGGCGGUGCUCUGAAUGGGUGUUCCUUUGUUUGUGCCAUUGUUUAAGGGAAAUUUGAUAGAAAGAAAAGCGUUUCGUAGCCAUAAUAAUAGAUCGUGG